AUGACCCAUUCAUAUUCUUUUGAGAAGCCCGCCCUCGAGGUGAAUGGCGAGAUUGUGCAGUUUCUAGAGGAUUUCUACCGCAUCUCCGAUACCCCGGGAGACCAUGAUAAUUAUGUCAACCAGUUUGCCGAUGAUGCCACCUUCAUCGUUGCUGGCAAGAAGAACCAGGGUCGGGAAGAGAUCAUGAGACAGAGGCUUUCCAUGUGGGAACAUGUCAAGGCGAGGAAGCACACGAUUCAUCGGGUAUAUCCCUAUGGCAAUGACGCGACGGAAUUUAUGAUUAUCGGCCUCGUGGAGUAUCAGCUUAAGACUGGCGAAGCGAAGGACGUGGAAUGGGCUGGCAGAGCUCGGUUCGUUAAGUCGGCGUCCGGGAGGUGGCAAUUCAGCUUCUACCGGAUUUGGCUGUAG